UGCUUCAGUCUGUCGUUUGGCGUUCAGAUGUGUAGCAUUGUGAGUGGAGUGUUUACUGCUCAUAUACGGAAAGUGGCUUUUUCGUGCUUCGCGUAAAUCGCGUAAGCGCUCUGGUUCCGAUAAAAGUGAAUAUAGAUAGUAUCUUCGUAUCUAGUGCUUUGUAUCUAUCCCGGCUUUUUUGUGCGCUUCGUUCUACUAUCGACCGUCAUCGUCGGAAGCAUUGCGGCAGGCAUUGGGCGCGCUUUUACACUUGAAUGCACCCAUCACGUGUGUAACUACAAAAUAGAAUUUGUGACUCCGGAAAAUUUCCAAAGGGAUCGACUUAGUGAAAGCGAGUAAUUAAGUGAAGCCAAUGCUGAAUUAAAAAUCCUGUUGUGUUAACUAUGUGCCAUGUUGGUUAGGAAAAGUGUUGUGAUUAAAUCCAGUCUGAUAAUUUUGGUGGAAGUGUGUUCUUUUCAUCCAGUAACGAAUAAGUGCAGUGAGUGAACUACUUGUGAAACAGGCAGUUACUCAGGUUAAGCUCGACCAGAGCUGGUAUCCUAACAAAUCUACAAAGGAUUAUUCCAUGGUUUCACAGCGCACAAAUCAAAACAGAGUAUCGAGACAACCAUGUACUUAAGGUGGACAUCGAAAAUGCUGUCUGUUAUAAUACUAACGCUGGCAAUUUUCAAUGCAAAUGCAAUCACGUUUCGUGGACAACCGAUACAAAAUGUGUUCCAGGAGUACAGUCUAUUGGACGCAAUCAAAUUCUCAAUGGAUGAGCACGUUGAGUUCGCAGAUGGCCCUGACAAUUUUUCAUCAUACGUUUUCAAGUUGCAAUCUGAAGUGAAAUCUCCUUAUCGAACAAUACUUCCAGAGAGUCUGAAGCAGUUCGCCAUCAUGAUCACAUUUCGGCCAGAGACGCGUUCCGGCGGCUACUUAUUCAGCAUUGUUAACCCCCUGGAUACCGUCGUUCAAUUGGGUAUCCACCUUUCAGCAGCAAUGACGGAUAAGUGGAAUGCAACACUCCUCUACACGGAUCCAAUGGCCAAGACCAGCAAAAAACUGGCGACUUUCGAAAUACCGUAUGCGAAAAAAUGGCAAACUAUCGCCUUUGAAGUGCGAUUCAAAGAAGUGGUUUUCUUCUAUAACUGCAAUAAAACGGAGACGCAGGCAGUGGAAAGGUCCCCCGAGGAGAUGACUUUCGACUCAGCUUCAACAUUGUACUUGGCACAAGCAGGAUCUAUCAUAAAAGGACGCUUUGAGGGUGCAUUCGCUCGACUUCAUAUCUAUGGGAAUCCUGAUGUUAUUCCAAUUCUGUGCAAAGGAACUGUGGCGAAUAUUAUGGAUAAAAACGAAAAAGAAGCAGAAGGGUCUGGCGUAGAAGAGUUAUUAGAUGACGAAUUAGUUGAACUUGAUGACUGGGCCACUGAUACUGAUUUCGACGAUACUUUGCAACCACCAAUGAUACCGCCGCCACCAGAUCGAGGUUAUCGUGGCAUGAAAGGAGAAAAAGGUGAUCGAGGUUUGAAAGGUCCUCCAGGAGACAGUAUUCGAGGACCUCCUGGUCCGCCUGGACCACCAGGACCCAAAGGCGACCAAGGUCCCCUCCCGCCUUACGUCGAUAUACGUAGUCCAAGUGAUUCCAAAAUCGAUAGUUCCGGCAAAUGUGGCUGUAACGCGACAAGUAUCCUAGAAUUAAUAAAGGCGGACACCGUGAGAGAAUCGUUGCGAGGACCUCCCGGACUGCCUGGAAAAGAAGGAAAGACUGGCGCGCCUGGACUCACGGGUCCCACUGGUACACCGGGUGAACGCGGUGCCCCCGGUCCAAAAGGUGACCGCGGCGAUAGGGGCGAUCCCGGUCCACGUGGUCCCGAGGGUCUUCAGGGUCAUAAAGGUGAACCCGGUGUGGACGGAGCUCCAGGACUGCCUGGAGUUCCUGGUCCUCCCGGAGCACCUGGUCUCUCAGAUGCAUACGAUGAGUCUCUCAUUGGCAAUGGGAUGCAAACGCUUCGCAGCGGAACGCCCGGAGCAAAAGGCGAACCUGGAACUAAAGGAGAGAUGGGUCGACCUGGAGAACGGGGACAGCCCGGCGCGAAGGGCGAUCGUGGUGAUCCAGGGAUGACAGGUGCUAAAGGUGAAAGGGGGCACCCAGGGCCGCAUGGAGCGACAGGUUUAAAAGGUGAACCCGGACAGCCAGGAAUACCAGGCUUAGCAGGGCCUCCAGGAGCGAUAGGCAAUAAAGGAGAUAGAGGCUCACAAGGAGAAAUAGGUCCAAUUGGUCCACCUGGACCUCCAGGAACUGUAUUAUAUUCCGAUGCUAAAAAUGUAACCGAAUGCACUUGCCAAGCUGGUCCGCCUGGACAACCAGGACCACGAGGACCGGCAGGAUUUGAUGGCGAACCAGGAUCACCUGGUGAACCCGGUACAGUAGGCCUAACAGGUCUUCCAGGUCAAGUAGGCGAAAAAGGUGAAAAGGGAGAGAAAGGACUUCGUGGACCAGCUGGUAUUAAAGGUGAUCGAGGACCGGAAGGACCGCCGGGACGAAGUAUUUUUUCAGCAGAUGGCCUCAUGAAUGGUACAAAGGGAGAGAAAGGAGACAGGGGCUUGAAAGGAAAACGAGGUAAACCAGGUCCUCAAGGACCAAUGGGACCGCCAGGGCCUCCAGGACCGAAAGGACACAGCGGCGACACCGGGCUUCCAGGACCUUGGGCUGGGACGGGUCGACCUGGUCCACCAGGACCGAAAGGCGAAACUGGACAAAAAGGACAACGCGGUGAAGGGGCUAAGGGUGAUAAAGGUGAUCGAGGGACAGACGGCAAACCUGGGCUGCCAGGACCACCGGGAUUACCAUCUGCCAGUGAUGGAGUACAGUUCAUACCAGUCACAGGACCGCCUGGGCCACCAGGCCCCCCUGGACCUCCUGGAAUCCCGGGACUAUCAAUAACAGGACCAAAAGGAGAACCCGGGCUCGAAUCAAGGACUCCAUACUUCGGUGACCCCGCUUAUUACGGCAAACCAGGUGGACGUUCUAGUUUAGAUGAAAUUAAAGCGCUUAGAGAACUUCAAAGUUUGAAGGAGCUUCCGGAAAGUACCUCUGGUCCACCGGGACCCCCAGGCCCACCAGGACCUCCAUCGCCGUCAAUGAGGGCGGACCAUCAGGACUCCUCAUCAGGCAUGAAGAUUGUUCCAGGUGCAGUGACAUUCCAAAAUACUGAAGCUAUGACGAAGAUGUCAGCAUUGAGUCCUGUCGGAACAAUAGCCUACAUAAUUGAAGAAGAAGCACUGCUAGUCCGAGUUAACAAAGGAUGGCAAUAUAUUGCGCUGGGAAGUUUGUUGCCCAUAGUAUCGCCCGCGCCACCAACCACAAUAGCUCCUCCGCCGAGACCUGACCUGCAGGCAUCCAGUUUAUUGAACAACGCUUCACAAUUUGUCGAAGGACCUAAUUUCACGAUGUCGCCACAGUAUGAAACGUGGUAUCCACGAAUGUUAAGACUGGCUGCGCUCAAUGAGCCUUACACAGGAGACCUCCAAGGGAAUCGUGGAGCAGAUUUUGCUUGUUAUCGACAAGCAAGAAGAGCAGGCCUACUAGGCACGUUCAAAGCACUAUUGACAGCAAGGGUUCAAAAUCUGGAUGCGAUUGUUCGUCCUGCUGAUCGCGAGCUUCCUGUAGUAAAUACAAAGGGAGAUGUCCUGUUUAAUUCAUUCAAAGGAAUUUUCAACGGCCAAGGAGGAUUCUUCUCGCAGGCACCAAGGAUAUAUAGUUUUAAUGGGAAGAACGUGUUAACGGAUCUAACAUGGCCGCAAAAAAUCGUGUGGCACGGAUCACUGCCUAAUGGUGAGCGAGCGAUGGACACAUACUGUGACGCGUGGCAGGAGUCCUCCCCGGACAAAGUAGGUCUGGCCAGCAGUCUCCUGGGCAAUAAAUUAUUGGAUCAGGAACGUUAUUCGUGUGAUAAUCGAUUUGUUGUCCUAUGUAUUGAAGCCCUGUCACAGGAUCGACGAAGGAAACGAGAUUUACGACAAAGUGACGAAAACGAAAUCACAUCAGUGGAAGAUUACGAAAAUCAUCUAGAAGAAAUCUUCAGUAUACCGCACUAACUCGCAAUAAAACCAGUCAUUUACUCUAAAAGUAAGAUACAUUUUAGAGGAAAUCUUACUCAUGUAAAUUAUUAAUAUAUAAACCAAAAUGAUACUGUAGCUAAACAAAGUGAAUAAAUUAAAGUUAAUAUUAAUGUAUUGAGAAAAGAGGACACAAAAGUGAAAUUGUUCUGUGAAUCCAGGAGUCUAGUGAAAUUUGUAAAUGCGAGCUAAAUGAUAAUUACCUAGAAAAAGAAGUGGAACCUCCAUGAAUAUUAAUGCAAUAUUUACUGUCAGUGUUUACCCAGGUCCCGGUGAACUGAACCCACUGAUUUGAGCUACUCAAAUAAAAAAGGAGCAAAAAUAAAUAUUACCUGCCAAUUUUAUACUUAACUGCAUGAAUGGACAACAGUUUUCCAAGAAAAUCUAACUUACUGAAAUUAUAUCCAAUUAUAUCCAUACACUCAUCCUUUGACCUAUCACGAAUAAAUAUUGCGCGCAGUAUAAGUUAGUAGAAACUCCUUCGUGUAAGAUGAUAAUAAA